GGGAGUAGAAAUACUCCUAGUUGCUUCAUGCUACAGAAACCGAAGUUAAGCACCGGCCUAAUGGGCCACUAGGCUUGUAAACAGAYUUUACCUUUACCUUAAUUUUAAUUUCAGCCUAGUACUUAGCAUGUUUGUACUUUUUAGCACAUGUCCAGUGGAUUGGGAUAAGCUUACUACCAUGGAAAAUGCAGUGACAACAGCAUCAGAAGUCCUCUUGGGGUCAUGUGUCAAUCUUUUUAAGAAAGGCCUUAUAACUACAGGGCUUGAGCUGGUAGCUGGUUUAGGCCCCUGUCAAGAGUGUUCCAGAGCUUUUCCACUUCACUGGUUGGAAGUACUGUUGGGUUUGGUAGAGUUACCUCUUGAUCUUGUCCUUAAUCAGAAAUCUUGGAACAUUGAUGAAUUACAGAAUGGCUGUGGUGCCAGUGGAAAUGAUCACAUAGACACUGUUCUUGUUGAUGGCCUGCUGUCCUUGGAUUAUCAGAAAAGAUCCUUCUCAAAGCAACAAUUACAGUAUGCAAUGCUUCCUUGGAUUAAAGGGAGUUCAUCCAAUGCCAAACUUGUUUGUCAGGGACUAGCUGCAUCCCAACAGCUGAUGCAACAGGCCUCCUCAAGACAUAUUUCUGAGGUGUCGCACUGGCUAAAGCUCAGUAUAAACCUCCUUCACGACUGCAUCAGUCCGAGCGAAGAUUCAGCUGUGAAGUUUCAUGGCAAUCAGAGAGUACUCAAAGCCUUGGUGGUGUUCAUCGCAAGCUUUGCUGAAGUGCAAAAAUCAAAAGGCAUUCGUGAAGGCACAGAAUUCUUCAUUGCUGACCAGCUGUUUGACGAUGUUGUUGGGGCGUUGCUACAACUUAUUGAAAGUUCCAAAACAAGUGAAGCUGUAAUAUCUUCUUCCUUGAAAACACUUGGAAAGGUGUUUGACGCCGCCAAGCCAACGUACAUAACAAACCUGUUCACCAGCGGCGUGCAAACAGAUAACGAAGAACCUGAUGAGAAACGAGCAAAGCUCGGCCAUAAUCUGCAAAAUGCUAACACUAAAACUUCAAACCGUGAAAAGCUGGCUUUUAUGCUUUAUCGAAGAUUGCGGGACUCGAGAUGGGAAGUAAGAGAUUCUGCGUUAGAGUUUGUUGCUGGACUACUGCAGUUAAACCAAGAUUCAAUUGAGGGGUUCCUCUGUUUUCGCAAUAUCCCAGCGAUUGUGUGGAACACUGUUAACGACAGUGACAGCUACGCCCGUGCCUCUGCUAUCCUCGUCAUUGGUUCCUUGGCCUGUCGAUCAAAGUUGUGGACAUCGCUUCUUCAAAAUAAUCAACUAUCAGAGGAACUCAUCCUAGAGAAGCUCUCCACGGUUCUGGUAGAAGACGAAGAGGCCUUCCCGCGUCGUAGAGUCCUGGAAUGCUUAACUUUGUGGAUAACACAACGUCAUCCCAUUGCUUUUCGAAUUAUUCGGUCUAGUAAGGAAGUAAAAGACCAAUCACCGUCCGAGGGAAUUCUAACAUCUGACGAUUUUCAGGACUUACAGGUCGGGAAACAAUCGGUAGAGAUCGGAAACCAGUCGGUACAGGUUGAAAACCAAUCGGUAGCUACGGAAACAUCUUGGUAUGAAAUAAUAGCACGAAGAAUCUGCCACGCUUGUCAGGAUUUUGACUGGGAAGUUAAAUUACGUGGAUUUGAAUUAUGGGAAGCAGUUAUCUGUGACAUCACUGGUUUAAAACCCAAGGAGGAAAGCAUAAAUACUCGCAAAACGUGUAAUGGCGAACGUUUGAACAAACAAGACGUAGAUAAAUGUCUACGAGUUCUUUUCGAAAUGGGAGCAUUAAAGAUUUUAAGCGAAGCACUAAGUGAUUGCGACCACAUGGUUUGCGAGAAGUCUCUCGAAUUGUUUGCUAUUUUACAACAAAUUGCAAAUCCAGAUUACCCCAUCGUCGAACAAUGGAUCAAGACAUCGUGGGAUUUUCAGGAAGCUCUAGGGAAAGGGUUUAGUUUGGAGAGGUUCAAAAACGUUUUACUUGGGACUGAUCUAGCAGCAGUGGCUCUGUCGUGUGAAGCCGCUGACAACGCGCUUAGAUCUGAUCCGGUUUCUUUACUAGAGGACGUUCUCUCAGCAGCCGGACAUCACGAGGAAAAUCUUCUGGACUGUUAUUGAUUUGAUGGCUAUUAUUCUGAAUUGAAUGUCGUUUCAAGGCUCUCUCUCAUCUUCUUUCGUCUAGGAGACGGGACGAAGAGAGAGCCUAGGGACUUGGUUACUCCAAAUUGACCAAGCUUUUUUACAAAUUGUUUCACUCUCAGGAUUUAAAGAUCAAUUGUCCUCACUGUCCAUUAUACAUACCCUUUAAGAAUAAAGCUCUGAUAAUUUGGUGUCAAUGCAACCAAAUAGUUAAAUUUGACCAAAUCCCCUUAGUUAAUAUUGCUCCUUCUUCGUGCAACCUUUCUGCUUGAAAAACAUUGUUUCGAUAUUGUAAGGAUGACUUCCUUGUCGGUCAGUGUUCCAGCAAGUUUAAAGAUUAAAUAAAAUCUAAUAGAAGAGUC